CUUUUCCAUGCGGAUCUCAAGUAGUUUUUUUUUAUUUUUUAUUGAAGCCCCCCACAGCCGAUGUCGUUCGUAUUUUGUGUCACCACAUUUCAGAGAUCCUGAACCUAAGUCAUCACCGAAUGUGAGUCAUUUUUGACGCAACAUAUCAACAAGUUAUUUAGUCAGUCUCUUUCCUUAUCUAGAAGGUCCAGGUUUGUUUACAAGUAGGGGGAGUAGAUUCAUAGAUUUUUGUCAGCGAUAGUGUUCAUGAAUCUUCUGUAGUCAUUUUGACGACCCCCGGCCCCGAGAUCCCUGUUUCAUUAGGUAAAGAAAAAGAAAUCAUUUCCUUUCCCUGGUUUGACCUUAAGAAAUUCCGCGACAAGUUCGAGAACGACGAGAAAAUGAUGAUGAUGAAUCCCGCUAUGGCGGUUCCUCAGCAACCGCGGCAUGAGCAGUACCCGGAAAGCCACACCAUUUACAUAAACAAUCUCGACGACCGAAAAAACGCGGAUAUUCUGCAAAAGGAACUCACUACAAUCUGCGGCGCCUUUGGUGAAGUCCACGACAUAAUAUGUAUGAAGUCCUUCUAUCGACGAGGCCAGGCCUGGGUGGUAAAAACGAAUGUUUUUUUUUUACUUUCUGAUUCGUCUCUUCAUUUUCUCUCCUCGUUCUGCAGGUUUUUCACAAUCAAUAUUUGUGCUCACAUGCUGGCUUUGCGAACUCUGACUAGUAACUCGGUUUCUCCAAACUACGAAAACCUCAGGUAUACAAAAACCUCGACAGCGCCAAGGAGGCGAUGGCUGCCUUGCAGAACUAUCCGCUAUUCGACAAACCUAUGCGACUUCAGUACGCAAAAACGAAAUCAGACGCUAUUGCAAAACUGGACGGCAGCUUCGUACCACGACCAAAGAACACACUGAAACAGGACCCAACCAAACGCGACGCAGCAAAAAAAAAGGUACAUACUUUUCCGUGUCCUGGCACCCAGCAUGUCUUCAUCAGACUGGUCCUUUUAUGCACGCGCAAACACAUGUGAGUUGGUUUAAGUUCUUCAUUUGUUCACAUUAGUUUGCUUUUUCCGAGCCCUGUAACUACCGUGCUAGUAGGUACUCAUUGUUCAUCUUGACGGAUGACCUACUUGUGUGCUACCGCUGCUGAAAGGACAAGAAGUUUGCAUUUCUGCUCCAUUGAUUCAGCGCCAAAAAUAAACACAAACAGGCGGAAGCGGAGGCAGCAGCAAAGGCUGCAGGCAACAUGCAAGCUGCGUUUGCAGCGGUAAACGCAAACCCAAUGUCGUUUUUCCAGACCGCACAGCCUGUCAUGCAUCAGAGACCGGUUGUGGGAGGGGUACUUUGACAUUAUUGUUGAUUUUAUUUUUGAUAGAACGAACUUAUACUUCUGCCAGUACCAUGCAGCACUAGCAGUAUAUUCAUGAAGAUUAUGUCUUUCCACGCUCGCUAGAUGUUUUUGGACUCCAUGUAACGUUGUUCUUGUUUAGCAGCUCGGCAAUCACGAGCUACAAACCGCAAAUAGAACAUUUGCGAAGAUGAUACACGGGAAAUUACUAGUAUCUAUACCACAUAUCGCUAUAUUAAUCGCUUUCAACAUCUCUACUACAGUUUCCGAACGAGACUCUGUUUGUGGUCAACCUUCCGCCUUCGGUAAACCAGACGAUGUUGCGCAUGUUGUUCGGACAGUACUCCGGCAUGCGGGAAGUGCGGCACGUCGAAUCACGACAGUGCGCCUUCAUCGAAUACGUUUCCGAGCCCCACGCUACCGCGGCAUUGCGAGCCCUCGCCAACUUCGACAUCAAGCCGGGGCAAAAAUUGGAAAUCGGCUACAUGAAAAAAUAACGCCCACAUGAUGUCAAUCGGAGAACGCGUCGUGAAAGAGGAGCACAAAGAUAAAGUAAAUCUCACUGGCCAUCACGAUGGCCCCGAUGCUUUUCCUUUUUGACACGUCAGGAGCAGCGGAUUACGCUCCUUGCGUUCAACAUCGCGACUAAGGUUGAACAGCACCGCUACCGCCUCCGAUCCGGAGCAGCCGAUGAGCAUGUGCAGCUUGGUGGACGAUCCAGUGUGUCAACCGACGAUCAUGUAGACGACAAGGAGACAUCAACGACGACACGGCAGCUUCUGAUAAUUAUCUUGUCAGAAUUAUGUGUAGGUCUAGGUGUAGGGCCAGGAGGGCCAGAACGCAUGAAUCAUUAACAUGCAAAUAAACAUCAACAUACUCCGUCGCAACGGCAAAUCUUCGCAAGCAACUCCAGAAAAUGGAGGUGCAGACGCUACCAUACUAGCAGCGCGUGGUGUUCCAGAAAGAGUAGUCUGCCGAGAGGUCUUCCUGAGAGCAGAUGGAAGCGACAGGCCGAAGUUGUGAUCUUUCCGUUUGUUUGAGUUAGUUUUAGGUCGUAAAGUCAUUCUCGUAUAUUCUUUGAGUGAGAUGAAAUUGCAUUUGCAAGCUUUGCUGUCAUAAUGGAGGACCUUUUCCCCACCUUCCCGCACUCGUUGCGGCCCACAUCAGCCGCAGCAGCCUUCUAUGGGCUGCAGGCUUUGACUUUGCUUUGCUUGUGGAUUGCGGUGUAUGCCGGAAGUGGAGUCGAUUUUUUGCGGCUUGGUCAGAAACUCUCAAACACCGCACUGAAACCGCCCUGGUGCAGAAAAAGUCUCUUUCUGACGGUGUUGAGCGCCGGGGUGUACCUUCCGGCAUCCUACAGCAUCGUGCCGCUCAUGUUCGCCCAAGCAGUGUAUGUGGAACCCCUGCUUGCCCCGCGCGUCUUCACAACUACGCCCGGUAGUACUAGGGCUCCCUUAUCUGCCAUGUUGCUUGUGGCAGCGUUUCGUUCUGCGAUCGCUGUGGUAGUCACUAUCUUUCAGUUGGGCGACUCCUCUCGCACGAGCAGUCACCGAGAUUAUCUAAUGUUGUAUAACUGCUGGAUGUUAGCUGCAACUGGCUGGCUCAAUUUUUUUACGACGGGGCUCCUGACGACAGUACUCACCACCACUACGCGACCUCCACCCGCCUGGGACCAACUCGCGCAGGCUGUCGCCUUCGGUCUCUGUAUUUGGUACAUAUUCUCCUGCGGGGUAUCCAAAGUUUUUGUCGCCGGAUUCCGAAGCUGGGCUUUUGGAGAUACCCUACUCGCCAUACUCGAC